AAAAAAGAGGAUUCCGUGGCUUAAAAAAAAAGUUUGAAAGCCUCUGACUUAAUAGUUUUCCACCACCAAGGAAACUGAGGCCCAGAGAGAGGAAAUGACCUGGGUAAGAUCUCCGAGGGACCAGUAGUUGAACAGGGACUAGGAGUUAAAAUUUCAUGGGAGGUGCCUGUAACAGGACCUGCCUUGGGGUCUCUGCUGGAAAGAGAGACCUGAUUGGGUUUCCCAGCAGUCUUCAGUGGCUUGCUCCGUGGCUGCCUCAGCCAGGUCUCCAGCAGCCACACCUGGGGAUCUGGCCCCCGUCCUGUCCUCCAGCCCCACCCACCUCGGCUCCAUGCCCCCCCCAGUCAGCUUCGGGACCCUGGCAGUGAGCAGGCACGUGGCAGCCAAGGCCCUGUGACCAGGCCAGGGAGACGGAGCUCUGGGGUCCCAGUCACCUGCCCCCCCAUGGAGCUGAGACCCUGGUUGCUAUGGGUGGUAGCAGCAGCAGGAGCCUUGGUCCUGCUAGCAGCUGAAGCUCGCGGCCAGAAGAUCUUCACCAACACGUGGGCUGUGCACAUUUCUGGAGGCCCAGCUGUGGCUGAUAGUGUGGCACGGAAGCAUGGGUUCCACAACCUGGGCCAGAUCUUCGGUGACUAUUACCACUUCUGGCACAGAGCAGUGACAAAGCGGUCCCUGUCGCCUCACCGCCCGCGGCACAGCCGGCUACAGAGGGAGCCUCAAGUGAAGUGGCUGGAGCAGCAGGUAGCCAAGCAAAGGGCCAAGAGGGACGUGUAUCAGGAGCCCACAGACCCCAAGUUCCCUCAGCAGUGGUACCUGUCUGGGGUCACUCAGCGAGACCUGAAUGUGAAGGAAGCCUGGGCCCAGGGCUUCACAGGGCGUGGCAUUGUGGUCUCCAUCCUGGAUGACGGCAUUGAAAAGAACCAUCCUGACUUGGCAGGCAAUUAUGACCCGGGAGCCAGCUUUGAUGUCAAUGACCAGGACCCUGACCCACAGCCUCGGUACACGCAGAUGAAUGACAACAGGCACGGCACUCGGUGUGCCGGGGAAGUGGCAGCGGUGGCCAACAAUGGUGUCUGUGGUGUAGGUGUAGCUUACAAUGCCCGGAUUGGAGGGGUGCGUAUGUUGGAUGGCGAGGUGACUGACGCGGUAGAGGCACGUUCGCUGGGCCUGAAUCCCAACCACAUCCACAUCUACAGCGCCAGCUGGGGCCCCGAGGACGACGGCAAGACCGUGGAUGGGCCAGCCCGGCUCGCCGAGGAGGCCUUCUUUCGGGGAGUUAGCCAGGGCCGCGGAGGGCUGGGCUCCAUCUUUGUCUGGGCCUCAGGGAACGGGGGCCGGGAACAUGACAGCUGUAACUGUGACGGCUACACCAACAGCAUCUACACGCUGUCCAUCAGCAGUGCCACACAAUUCGGCAACGUGCCCUGGUACAGUGAGGCCUGCUCCUCCACACUGGCCACCACCUACAGCAGUGGCAACCAGAAUGAGAAGCAGAUUGUGACAACUGACCUGAGGCAGAAGUGCACUGAGUCUCACACAGGCACCUCAGCCUCCGCCCCUUUGGCAGCUGGUAUCAUUGCUCUCACCCUGGAGGCCAACAAGAACCUCACCUGGCGGGACAUGCAGCACCUGGUGGUGCAGACCUCAAAGCCAGCACAUCUCAACGCUAACGAUUGGGCCACCAAUGGCGUGGGCCGGAAAGUGAGCCAUUCCUAUGGCUACGGGCUGUUGGAUGCAGGUGCCAUGGUGGCCCUGGCCCAGAACUGGACAACAGUGGCCCCCCAGCGGAAGUGCAUCAUUGAAAUCCUGGCAGAGCCCAAGGACAUUGGCAAACGGCUAGAGGUGCGCAAGACCGUGACAGCGUGCCUGGGUGAGCCCAACCACAUCUCCAGACUGGAACACGUUCAGGCACGGCUCACCCUGUCUUACAAUCGCCGUGGUGACCUGGCUAUCCACCUCAUCAGCCCCAUGGGCACCCGUUCCACCCUAUUAGCUGCCAGACCACAUGACUACUCUGCUGAUGGAUUUAAUGACUGGGCUUUCAUGACAACUCAUUCCUGGGAUGAGGACCCCUCUGGCGAGUGGGUCCUAGAGAUUGAAAAUACCAGCGAGGCCAACAACUAUGGGACGCUGACCAAGUUCACUCUCGUCCUAUAUGGCACAGCCUCUGAGGGUCUCUCUGCACCUCCAGAGAGCAGCGGCUGCAAGACCCUCACAUCCAGCCAGGCCUGCGUGGUGUGUGAGGAAGGUUUCUCACUGCACCAGAAAAGCUGUGUCCAGCGUUGCCCACCAGGCUUCACACCCCAAGUCCUUGAUACACACUACAGCACUGAGAAUGAUGUGGAGAUCAUCCGUGCCAGUGUCUGCACCCCCUGCCACGCCUCAUGUGCCACUUGCCAGGGCCCAGCUCCCACAGACUGCCUCAGCUGCCCCAGCCAUGCCUCCCUGGACCCUGUGGAGCAAACCUGCUCCCGGCAAAGCCAGAGCAGCCGAGAGUCCCGACCUCAGCAGCCACCUCCCGCACUGCGCCCAGAGGUGGAAGUGGAGCCCCGGUUGCGGGCUGGGCUGGCCUCUCACCUGCCGGAGGUCCUGGCCGGCCUCAGCUGCCUUAUCAUCGCUCUCAUCUUUGGCAUCGUCUUCCUCUUCCUGCAUCGGUGUUCAGGCUUCAGCUUCCGGGGAGUGAAAGUGUACACCAUGGACCGUGGCCUCAUCUCCUACAAGGGGCUGCCUCCUGAGGCCUGGCAGGAGGAGUGCCCAUCUGACUCAGAAGAGGAUGAGGGCCGGGGCGAGAGGACCGCCUUUAUCAAAGACCAGAGCGCCCUUUGAUGAGCCCACUGCCCACCCUAUCAAAUCGAUCCCUUCCUCGGGCACUUUUUAAUUCACCAAAGUAUUUUUUUAUCUUGGGACUGGGUUUGGACCCUAGCUGGGAGGUGAGAGGGGCAGAGACCCUUGGGCCUACCUGUUUGCCUGAGGUGGGGUCCCGGGAGCCUCACCCCCCACCAACCCUCCAUGUGGAGGAAGGAGUAAAUCUUUAGGGCAGCUUCCUGCAGAGUGAAGAGGGGCAGCCUUUCUGAGUCCCUGGCCAGGCUGCAGCCUUGCCCCUCCCCUGCCCCUCAGAAAGCAAUAAUGGUCCCCAUCCAGGCAACAGGGAGGCUGGCCAGGAGGUACUUGAAGAAGGUGGCCACCUCUCCAAGGGCUUUUGCAUCCCCUGACCCUCUCUGGCUCAGGAUGAGCCUCUGAAGAAGCUUGCAGUCACAGGAAGGGACCAAAGCAAAGCAGGCACUCUCCAGUGUGCCUGCACUCUUGCUCUCAGCCUGCCUCUGCACUCCAGGUCUCCACCUCAGCUGGUAGCCAGGCUGAGCUAGACCAGCACAGGUCAGGCUCUGGGGCCUUAUGCUGGUGUCCUGACCAUCCUCUAUGGCACCCUCCCCCUUGCCAGGGCCUUGUUUUCUGAGCCCGGGGCUGCCUGGGCAGUUGGCGCUCACAGUCCAGGAGCCCCUGGGUGGGUGGUGGGGAGGGACGGUGGCUCCUCCCGCCUCCCACCCGAUGCUGCUUUCCCCUGUGGGGAUCUCAGGAGCUGUUUGAGGAUAUAUUUUCACUUUGUGAUUAUUCACUUUAGAUGCUGAUUUUUUUUUUUUUUUGUAUUUUUAAUGGGGGUAGCAGCUGGACCAUUCACCUUCUCCUACCCAUGUCCACCCUGCCUUUCCCAUGGCUGCCCAGCUCUGAGGCAGAGGGAAUCACUAAGCCCCAAGUCCUGAAGAGGCAGGCCAGCCAGCUGGGCUCCAGGAAAGGGGGUCAUGGUGGGAGGGGUAGGCUGACAUCAUCUGUUUCAAAUGGGGUUGUGCCACAGGCUUUUGGGUUGCUGGCUCUCCAAGUGCCAGGGGUGGGCAGGUGGCACCACCAAGCCCUUUCUAACACUGUGCCCUGGUGGAGAAAGCAUUGGCCUAUGAUGCCCCCCAAACCCCCUGUUCUGAUGUGCCUUUCGCACCCCUCCCAUUAGGACAAUCAGUCCCCUCCCACUUGGGCCUCCUCUUUUCUUUUUCCUAGCCCUUCUCGGUACCCAACCUACCUGUCCAGGGGUGCCCCUUGCUCUCCUGCCCACCCCUAGCGGCCAUCCAGGCUGGUUUUGUAAGAUGCUGGGUUGGUGCACAGUCAUUUUUUUUUCCUUGUAAUUUAAACAGGCCUGGCAUUGUUGGUUCUAUUUAAUGGACACGAGAUAAUGUUAGAGGUUUUAAAGUGAUUAAACGUGCAGACUAUGCAAACC